GAAUCUGCACAAAGCAAGGGCAUCUUCUCACACGCUCGGAUGGUCAGGCCUCAGACGAUCAACUGCUGUUCAGACAUCAGAAGCUCUCCGCUUUGAGCGACCGUUCGAGAGAGAUCGGAGGGAUCGACGCCGACCCCGACGGAAAUGGAGUUCCCAUUCGGUCACCACGCCCACGGGCACCACCGGAGAGACGACGACGACGACGACGACUCAUCAAGAAACCGGCCCUACCCGCCACCCGGAUCCUUCCUCCCACCCGACGUCUACGACCAGCCUCCCCCUCCGCGCCCGCCCUUCUACGGCGGCGGCGGCGACGACUUCGCCCCGCCCCCGCACCGGCCGUCCGGCGUGUACCACACCUCGCACUCGGCUCCCCCGCCUGCUUACCCUCCGCGUCGGGACGAUUUCGCCUCCGGCUACUCCUCCCCCUACCCUCCGCCGCCUGAGAAAUUUUCUCAGGGACCGACCGACUACCCGCCGGCGGCGACCGUCGAGCACGUGGGUCACGAUUUCGAUGAGCCGAGCGAGACCCACCAUUCUUAUCACCCCCAUCUGCCUUCUUUCCUCCAUCAUCACACCCAGCACCAGUCUGACUAUGAUCCCGCUGCUGUUGCUUCCGGUGGUGGAGCUCUUGGCUCUUAUUUCGCCAACAAGCGCACUUACAAAGUUUAUUGCAAGGCCGAGCCCAAUUAUUCUCUGACCAUUAGGGACUCAAAAGUCAUUCUUGCACCCUCCGACUCCGGCGAUCCUUAUCAAAAAUGGUACAAGGAUGAGAAGUUCAGCACCAGAGUUAAGGAUGAAGAGGGGUUUCCCUGCUUUUCUCUGGUCAACAAGGCCACUGGUGAGGCCAUCAAGCACUCUGCUGGAGCCUCUCACCCGGUACAGCUGGUACCCUAUAAUCCAGAGCAGCUUGAUGCAUCUGUUCUGUGGACAGAGAGCAAGGACCUCGGCAAUGCUUACAGAACCGUAAGGAUGGUUAACAACGUUCGCCUUAAUCUGGAUGCUUUUCAUGGUGACAAGCAAUCCGGAGGUGUCCGUGAUGGCACAACUAUUGUGCUCUGGCAGUGGAACCACGGAGAUAAUCAGCGAUGGAAGAUCACCCCAUAUUGAUACAUGGGGGCAGGGUUCCUGAAUUUGGAGGUUGUCUUAUUUGCAGGAUAUGCGGUUUGGUGGAUUCUUAUGCUUCCAUGUGAGUUUGUGUUGUGAUCUCGAAUAUUGCUUGUAUCUCCAUGCGUGAUUAAGACUCGACUACUAUCGUGUGUUACUUUUACUUUGGAUGUUAUGGUGUUAUCGUUCUGUGUGUUAUCACACCGCGGACUAUAUAUAUGCUGGUAGAUUGGUAAA